GUUGGUGUAGCGAAACCCGUAGUGGCUUUGGUGGUGGUAAUCUUCUCGGGUAUGGCUCUCUAACAAGCAACUACAGUGCUGAAGGUAACGAACACAUCCCAGUUACCGUAUCACGUUUAUCUUCUUCCAGUGGUACACGUUUUUUUACAUACAUUGGACCCAUGACUUCAAAAAACAAACGUCUCCCUAAAAGCUUACCGUCUAAACUCGUCACUUCAAAACGAAUUAACUCGGGAACAUUUUCUCAAUUAACAACCUCACAGAUUCAGGAGUUGAAGGAAGCAUUUGCAUUACUGGAUAAAGAUGGUGAUGGUGUUGUAGACCGUGACGACUUGAAAUCCAUGUUGACUUCUCUGAAUCAAGACGCAUCUGACGAAGCGCUGGAUCAAAUGCUGUCCGAGGUCAAUCCUCCAAUUAAUCUGGCAUCUUUCCUCACUGCCAUAGGUUCUAUGCUUUGUAAGAUUUCACCUCGUGCAGAUCUUAUGGAAGCCUUUUACACAAUUGAGGAUACACAGAGCGGAAAAAUGAGUCUACGCUCCUUUGAAGAGGCUCUAAGUCGUUCUGGAUCUGAUAUUAAAGGUUCUGAGUUGGAGGAUGUCAUUCGUCCUUACACGAAUCAUGGAACAUUUUAUUAUGAGAAAUUUGUUAAUGCCAUAGCUGGAACAAAGGAAAACUAAUGUAUAGCUUAAUUAAAUUUGUGAUGUCAAACAGGCACACAGAGACAUAUAUUCACACAAGACAACAACAAAAUGAAAGCACCAUACGACUCCAUUACCUUCAAAAGAAAACACAUGCACUUAUGCCACCUCUUAA